UCCAUAGCGGCGGCGGCAGGAGGUGUCGCGCCAGGGAACUUCCUGGUUCCCGGGCUCGGCUUUGCCGGGAGCCUCCUGGAAGGGAAACAAUGGGGCGGAGGGCACUGCGGUAGCCGCCGCCACCGCGCUGGACCCGCUCGGCCUCCCACGACUGACCGCCGCCGGGACCGCCCUGAGAACAGGAUAUGUAUUCCUCUGAGAAACCCUGGACCAUAGACUUUGGUUUAAUACUGGAUUGGGACAACACACAGAGACUUUUCCAGUCAUGAAUUCGGACCAGGAUGUAGCACUCAAACUUGCUCAGGAACGAGCUGAAAUAGUUGCUAAAUAUGACAGAGGGCGAGAGGGUGCGGAAAUUGAGCCUUGGGAAGAUGCUGAUUAUCUUGUUUACAAAGUCACUGAUAGAUUUGGCUUUUUACAUGAGGAGGAGCUCCCAUAUCAUAAUGCAGCUGCAGACCGGCAAAAGCAACUGGAAAUUGAAAGAACUACCAAAUGGCUGAAAAUGCUGAAAGGAUGGGAAAAAUAUAAGAAUACCGAGAAGUUUCAUCGACGAAUUUACAAAGGAAUUCCACUCCAGCUCCGGGGCGAAGUCUGGGCUCUUCUUCUUGAGAUCCCUAAAAUGAAAGAAGAAACAAAAGACCUUUAUAGUAAAUUAAAACACAGAGCACGAGGUUGUUCACCUGACAUCAGACAAAUAGACCUUGACGUGAACCGCACAUUUAGGAACCAUAUUAUGUUUAGAGACAGAUACGGCGUUAAGCAACAAUCCUUAUUCCAUGUUCUUGCUGCAUAUUCUAUCUAUAAUACGGAAGUCGGGUACUGUCAAGGGAUGAGCCAGAUAACAGCCCUACUCCUCAUGUACAUGAACGAGGAAGAUGCCUUCUGGGCCCUGGUCAAACUCUUCUCAGGCCCCAAACAUGCUAUGCAUGGCUUUUUUGUCCAAGGUUUUCCUAAACUAUUGAGAUUUCAAGAACAUCAUGAAAAAAUUCUGAAUAAAUUUCUGUCCAAACUUAAGCAACAUUUGGAUUCUCAAGAAAUCUACACAAGUUUUUAUACAAUGAAAUGGUUUUUUCAGUGUUUUCUUGAUCGAACUCCUUUUACGCUGAACCUCAGGAUAUGGGACAUCUACAUCUUUGAAGGAGAGCGAAUUCUUACUGCUAUGUCUUACACAAUCUUGAAGUUACACAGAAAACAUCUAAUGAGAUUGUCUAUGGAAGAACUUGUAGAAUUUCUUCAGGAGACGCUUGCCAAGGACUUUUUCUUCGAGGAUGAUUUUGUAAUCGAGCAACUUCAGGUUUCUAUGUCUGAACUAAAGCGGGCAAAAUUAGAUCUCCCAGAACCUGGUAAGGAGGAAGAAUAUCCAAAGAAACCCUUGGGACAGCUUCCACCCGAGUCUAAUUCUGCUUGUAUUAGUCAGUUGAGCAAUGGACAAAGAAGUGUUGGCAGGCCCAGCCCCCAGCUAAGCAGCAGAGGAGAAAGUGGAUCACCUCACAAGAAGCAUGAGCAUUCCCCUGCCCACCACAGCAGAACCAGUACCCCAGAAAGAGUCCGGCCACCAAGACGGAAGUCAGUGGAUGACGAUAGUAAACACCUGAAGCCUUCGUCAGGUCCCCAGGACAGUUCCAGGCACUACAACCAUGCAGCUGCUAACCAAAAUAGCAAUGCAAUUUCAAACAUCAGAAAGGAAUUUAUGCCCAAAUGGAAAAAACCAUCAGAUGCUUCAGUGAUUGAAAGAACUGCUAAAUAUGCCAUCGAAGGCAAAAGUCAUUCAGUGUAUCCCACUCCUACAGUUGCCAUUCCAAGUUCUGCUGAGGCCCGAAUGUCAAACUCAAGGCAGAAGAUGAAGUAUUUUGAUGGCAGUGAUGGGAAGCGGGGUUCUAAUGCUUCCCAGUAUGACAAUGUGCCUGGGAGUGAGAAUGAAAACGGAGCCUCUGUGGAAGAGGCCCCAGAACGGACCCACCCUCACAAUCCAAGAAAGCACACUGAGCCAAAUUCCAGCCCAUCAAAAGUAUCCAACAAGUUUACUUUGAAAGUGCAGCCUCCCAGCCAUGUGCGAUACCCAUCCCAGUUAGAAGGGGAGGAGCACAGGGCUGCAUAUCCACCCUCCUACAGCAACCCCCCUGGUUACCAUGGAAACUCUCCAAAACACAUACCUGUUGCCCAGAGCAGCUUUGUGUCCCCACAGAUCAACCCUGGGACCCAAAUUAAUCCUUCCAGGAGACUGUAUGGUUCUUCUCUUUCAGUUGAUGUUUCUCCGGAGAAAUCCUACAGCCGCCCAACUCCUGUUGUUCUACCAUCCAGUCGAAUUGAAGUUCUUCCCAUUGACAUUGGUGCUGGGGGAUAUACAGGUAGUUCAGGGUCACCAAAGAAUGGAAAGUUCAUCCUUCCUCCAGUGGAUUAUUUACCAGAGAACAGAAAAUGGUCAGAAGUUAGUUAUACAUACAGACCUGAGAUGCAUGGACAAUCAUGGACUCGAGAUGCUAGCCGUAGCCACUUAAGCAGUUUACCAAAAUACGCAGCCUUUCAACACAUACCUUUUCAGGACCAUGGCCUUCCAGAAGUAUCUGUAGAUAGUCCAGUGAGGUAUAUAAUUAACCCAGCUAUAGAAGAUGCCAGUCCUCCUGGGUAUCAAUAUGCAGGUCCCUUACCUCCAGCACAUCGCUACAGAAAUAGAGAGGGACUUUCUAUUCAAGAGUCAGUGUUGCUGUGAGAGUUGGCUGUAUUCACUGAAGACAAAAGAACAGAAACCAUGUGAUAGCCACAUUGCUAUGUUAAUAGUUGCCAAAGCAGUAUUUUAUACUAUUGUAAACAACUCGUGCAGUUCCGGUGUAUGUCAGGAAGAGAGUGUGUGGAAGUGCUUUAUCUCCAUGUUGAUUCUGCUGAGAUGAGUGUUUCAUUGCAUCGUCACGGAAACUUAAUAGGAGAUUAACCUGGAAACAUAGCAAUAGUUUUUAGGGAUGCCCACACUGUGAGGCUCUUUAUAUUGUUUCCUUCAUAUCUUUCCUUCAGACCUGAAUGUUUCACUCUGUUGAUACAUUCUGUUUUGACCACUGUCAGAAAGCACUGAGACACCAGAGGAGAUGUUCUGAAGGCUAUCACUCAUUUUUUAAUAGGUGUAACAUACACCUGUGCAUACAGAUUUUGAUCACAGAACUUAGAAAUGUUUUUUAAAACUACCUUUAACCUAGAUCGAUGGCAUAACCGUGUUUCCCCCCUUAUCUUUCUACCCAUCCUGCCCUGGUCAUAUUUUAGCAUAGGUUCUAAACUGAAACUGACUAAAAAAAUUGUCCUGACUUUAUGAAUCCUACAUCUCACAGAAUGUCAUUCUCCUUCUGUUACUGCCAUUUUAUCUCUACCUGAAAAUUAAAGACACUGGGGAGAAAGGCUAACCACUUAUGGUGCUUAAAAUGUGGGUCAGUUAGCUUGAGGGUGUGGCUGUGGGUCAGUUAGCUUGAGGGUGUGGCUGUGGGUCAGUUAGCUUGAGGGUGUGGCUGUGGGUCAGUUAGCUUGAGGGUGUGGCUGUGGGUCAGUUAGCUUGAGGGUGUGGCUGUGGGUCAGGUAGCUUGAGGGAGUGGCUGUGGCACAGGCUCAGUGUCCUCUCACCUCCGGCUGUCUCGGUGCCCUGUGCCCUUGGCUCUGGUCUUGACGGGCGCAGGGCACUGACCGCAGAAGGAGUUGGAAGUCACAGCCCUUGCAGCACUCUGGGCAGUGGAAGGUUGGUUUUCAGGUUCAUUUGAAAGCAGCAUUAGCCAGACUGCUUAUUCCUCGCUCUGCUUCAGUUUCACAGGGCCCCAAGAGAACCGCUCACAUGGGCUUCUUCAGACACUCAUUCUUUACUGAGUAUAAUGGAUGGGCCAUUACAUUAUCCUGGUCAAAAUUGUGAAAAAUACCCUAAUAAGCAUCUAGAAUUUUGAUCUUUGUAAAAAAAAAAAUAGUAUGUUUCAUAGUUUUUGAGAAACUUUUCAGUGAAAAAUAAUUGAGGUUCAUGGUUUAAAACAAUUAAAAUAUGCUA